AUGCAGUCGCUUUUAUUUUUACUUUUUUCUUUCUUUCUUUCUUUCUUUCUUUCUUUCUUUCUUGUAUUUUUACAUUUCUUUCUUUUAUUCUUUCUUUCUAAUUUACUAUUUUUUGCAUUUUUAUAUUUGUUUCUUUGUUUUUUCUUUUAUAUUUCUUUUCUUUUUUUUAUAUUUACAAUAACUUUCUUUCUUUCUAAUUUUUACAUUCUUUUCCUUUUCUUUUACAUUUUAUUUCUUUCUUUCAUUCUUUCUUUCUUUCUUCCAUUCUUUCUUUGUUUAUUUUAUCUUUACAUUCUGUCUCUCCUUCUUUCUUUUAUCUUUACAGUUGUUUCUUUUACUUUCACCAUAAUUUUCUUUCUUUUAUAUUUACAUUUCUCUUUCUUUUACUUUAAGAAUAAUUUUCUUUCUUUCUUUCUUUCUUUCUUUCUUUCUUUUUACUUUAACAAUUUUCUUUCUUUUUUCUUUCCAUCUUUCUUUCUUUUAUUUUUACAUUUCUUUCUUUUUACUUUAACACUUUUCUUUCCUGUUUCUUUCCUUCUUUCCUUCUUUUAUUUUUACAUUUCUUUCUUUCUCGUUGUUCUUUCAUUUCUUUCUUUCUCUCCAUUUUCUUGCUUUUAUUAUUAUUUUUCUCUUUUAAUCUCUUUGUCUAUUUUUUCUUUUUUCUCGCACCAAGUUACGUUUUUUUUAUAUUCUUCUUCCUUAUUUAAACAAUUAUCUAUCAUGUCCCUUUCUCUCUCUUUUUGA